UCCCUUUAUUCUGCCAGCCGCUGAUCGUUUUCAGAUCAUCUAGUUCCCUCUUGUCUCUACUCACUCUCUCUCUGCCCUCUAGCUCUCUCCACACCCCCACCAUAUAUAUACAGAGAAACCGACUUCUUCUUUCUAGUGACAUCUCUCUCUCUUCUCUCUCUCAUGCUUACUCUCAUAUAUAUAUGUUUAGCUAGCUAGCUAGCUUCAUCAUAUCCCAUAUUCUCAGAUCUCACUUCUAAACCAACCUUUUAAUUACAUUCAUAUUUUCCUUUCUCUAAUUAAUUAAAAGUCCCAGCUUUCAAUUUCCCCUCUUUGAUGAAGAUCACAGGCACCCAUCAACACCAUGCAUGAAGCCAUUGAAUUUCACUACCAUAUCUUUGCCUCUGCAAAAGGAAACUCGAGCUAAUUAAUUUCUCUCACUUUUCUCCUUCUUCACCUCCAGGUUUGCUUUACACCCCCACCACAACCCCAUUUUGAUUGCACCCCAAUGAUGUCCUCCGACAACACGCCGGCGAAAAAGCCGGCAGACGACACCCAACAAGGAGGAGGAGGAGGAUCAGGCAACAGCCGCAAAACGACAUCGUCCAAGGCCCCGCCGGAGCAAGCCCUCAAGUGUCCGAGAUGUGAUUCCCCCAACACAAAGUUCUGCUACUACAACAACUACAGCCUGACGCAGCCCAGACACUUCUGUAAGACCUGCAGGCGUUACUGGACCAAAGGCGGAGCGUUACGCAACGUCCCCAUCGGCGGCGGCUGCCGGAAAAACAAGAGAGUGAGGUCGUCAUCUUCCCGACUCUCCUGCAGCCUCGACUCCAAAGACUCCGGCGACUCGGCCUCUGACCACAUGGGUCUCAAGUUCUUUCACGGCAUUUCCCCAGCCAUGGAUUUCCAGCUCGGCGGCCUCUCCUUGCCUAGACUCAACCACCACCCUUCUUCUUCUUCAGCAGUUGUAACCGCCCUUUACAAUAACAACAACAGCCAGUUCUCUCCAUACGGUGACGUUUCGGUUACUUCUGGCCUGACUCUUGAUCACUCAGGUGGUGCUUCUGGGAAUAGUUCCUUUAUGGGUUUUAACUAUCCUCUCACUUUAGGCAGUGGAAGCGGCGGCGGGGUUGGGUUUCAACAGAACAACAUGAACAGUUCCAUGAGUGUUCAUAGCAGUCUUGCUUCUUCUAUUGAGUCCCUUAGUUCUAUCAACCAAGACCUUCACUGGAAAUUACAGCAGCAGAGGCUGUCCAUGUUGUUUGGUACUACUAUCGCCGGAGAUAGUCAGACACAGCCGUCUCAGAAAGAUAUGCAGAUGAAUGAUCUCGAGAAAACUCAGACAGCGCCUAUUUUGUUUCAGAAUCUGGAGAUUUCGAAACCGAAAGAGUCUACCGGAGGAGGAGAUACGGCUGCGACGGAGUGGUUCUUUGGGAACUCUUACGCGCCGCCACCGCCGGUGACACCUACUCCGACCAAUAGUGGCGGCAACGGAGGAGGAAACGAGAACAAUGCGGGUAACUGGAAUACUCAUGGAGUUGUUCAAGCGUGGGGUGAUUUGCAGCAAUACAAUGCCUUGCCCUAGAGGACUAAGCAUCAAGAGAGUUAUACAGCUACUUCGACGUCAUUGCUUGUACUACAGUGAACGACUAUAAUGGAUGUGCUCUUUGUCUUCUUACCUUCUCUUUGUGGUAGCUACGUAUUUAUGAAGAGAUCGAGGAGCUAUAAAUUUAUCUCUUGGGUAAGAAAUUGCCAACUUUUGGUUCUUAGCCACUGUGUUUUGGAAGCGCUAGGCAACAUUCCAUAGGAUUCUAUAGAAUUGUAUACAUAUAGGGCUUUGCAUGAGUUGAGUCGACACCACCAACUUCCUUUGCCUGACAUGUUAUAUAGGUCCCCCAUCUUUAUAAACAUGCAUGUUGCUGCUGCUUUUUCAUAUACAUCGUCUCUCACUUAU